UGCAUCUAUCCCACACGUUGGAUAUUCGUGGACUUUAUAAAGUCAACUCUCUCACCCCUCUUUUCGACCUAUUAAUAUUAAUGUUUAGUGAUAUUCUUUCACAUUUAUCAUUACCCAUACCUGAAAAAACAAAACAACCCAACAUCCAAUUAACAAAUCAGAAAAGAUGAAGCUUAUUUGGUCACCGGAGAUGGCUGCUAAAGCUUUUACAGACACCGUUAAAUCCUGUGAGCUUCACCAAGGAUCAAGUGUGUCAGAGCUGAUAUCCGCUAUGGCUGCUGGAUGGAACGCUAAAAACAUAAUCGAAACAUGGUGUCGCGGCGGUAUCAUAGCAACAAGCAUUGGUUUAGCUGUUGCAUCAACUCACACAAGUGGUAGACACGUAUGCAUAGUCCCAGACCAGGACUCAAAAACUGAAUACAUCACUGCAAUGAAAAAAGCAGGAAUGUCAUCAACUGAAGUAAUCAUUGGAGAGGCCGAAACUGUAAUAAAAGGGUCGCUAGACGUUAUAGAUUUUUUGGUGGUUGAUUCAAGACAAAAAGAUUUUGUAAAGAUUUUAAAAGCAGCUAAGUUUGGACACCGUGGGGCGGUUUUGGUUUGUAAGAAUGCUAGUACUUUGAAAGCAGGUUUGGAUUUCCAAUGGGCGAGCUUGUUUGAAGAAGGUGGUGGUUCACGAAGGAUUGUGAGAUCGGUGUAUUUGCCGGUGGGAAAUGGGUUAGACAUUGGUCAUGUUUCUGCUGGUGGUGGUGAACUCGGGUUGGGUUUAGAGAAAGUUAAGAAGAAGGGCAAUAAGUGGAUUAAACGGAUUGAUAGGCAAUCCGGGGAAGAGUUUCUCAUACGAAAGUAAAGAAGAAUUAGUAUAUAUUCUUUUGUUAAUUAGUGUAGAAAUUUAACUAGCAGGAUUAGUGAAAUUUCUUUCCUAUUUAUUCUUAUAUGGUUUUGUGAUUAGAAACUCAAAAGUUUAAUACUCGUUAAAUUUCCGGUUUGACA